AUGGCUGCUGAGAAGGUACAUGCGAGUGCAGAGGCUCGUGGGGUCAGUAGGCACGAUUUGGGGGCGAUGGAUGGAGAUGAAGAAGAGAAAGAGUUGCUGACUUCGGAUAGAACUCUAAGGGUAUCUCUGAAGCGAGUGAGGACCAUAGAGAAUGAAGCAACGACCAUUUCUAAAAACUAA